UACAAGUUUAUUUGAGAAUUUAUUCCAUCUUUAUAUCAAAUAUUUGUUUAAAAAAUAAGUGUUAAAUUUUUAUAAAUUACAUUUAUAUCAAAAAUGUAAAAGAUUUUACAUAAAUAUUCAAUAAAACAGAUUUGUUAAAGACUAAAUUAUAACCGAUUAUAAUUUUUUUAAUAUCGAUUAUGGUAAAACUUUCUGUCCAAUCAGAUCGCGCUAACCCUGAUGUUGUUUCUUAAUUAUUUAGCAAAAUGGAUGAUUCUGACAUGGAAAUUCUUGGUAUUCCGCUCAACAGUGGGAGACCAGAAAGUAAACAUACGUUGGACACAGUUCUGCAAUCGAGCAAAUCUGCAAAGAAAUCUGUGAAAGACAAACUGAAGGAAACAGAGACAUUCCACCAUCAUCACACUGCUGCCUCAAAGAGCUCACAUUGCAGGAAAAAGAGGAGGAAAUCACAUGCUGAACGAAACAACAAGAAGAAAAGACAUGAAAAGGCGAAUGGAGGGUCAAGAUCAGAAUGUCAGAAACACCUUAGGCAUGCUCAAGAUAUGACAUCGAGUAACAAAAUGGAAUACCCCAUGAUGUCAGAUCCUCACAAGCAUGUGCCUCUUAUUACACAGAGUAGAAUCACUACCUCCCUUGGCAUGUAUAACAAGGCCAAGAAAUCAGACAGGAUCUUACGAGAUUUGAAAAUACCUGAUGCUGUGAGGAUCAAAACCCAGGAAAGCUUACUGAAGAUACUUGAUGUGUCGGAAGCUAACCUGCCACCAGCCCCAAACCUCGAUUCACCCCUGAUGCUGGAUGACAUGGGUCUAGGUCUAGUACAAGUAGUCCAGCCAUCUUCUCCUGAAGCAUAUAUUCAGGCAUCAAGACCAGUCGCUGUUAGUUCAACUCCAAACCCAGUCGCUGUCAUUCCUUCUCACAUGGAUCAAAACAAAGGCUUAUCAAGUCACAGAGAAAGGGCAGUGGAUCUUGAUAUUACUCAUACUAGGAAUCACAUUCUUCCUCUUAAUACCAGUCCUGAGCUAUCACCUGUCUCAGAAGCUGCGGAGAUGAUGCAGUCAUCAUUUAAUCUCAAUAGUGUCUUCCCUGGUAGAGAUCACCCUUCUACUCUACUUUAA